AUAAUUUGAGCAUCACUGAACUCUGCUCUGCUCCCAAAUUGAGAGAGAUCGGAGAUUUCUGACCCAAACCCAUUCCGGGUUAUUUUUAAAGUGAAGCAUCGAAGAUGCAGUUUAUACAACUUGAUGAAGGUUUAGUGAUUAUAGAUGAGGCAUUUCAAAAGGCAAAGAAGAUUGUGGAAGGAUACCCUGAAACAAAGUUCACAACUGAAGAAUAUAUGAAGUUCCAUGCAUGUGUUUACACUUUGUGCUAUAAACCUGGGGAUGGCAACAAGGCUGUUCUCCAUGAAAAGUUUAGGAGGAGCUUGGAAGAGACCAUUAACUCCACGGUACUGCCCUCUUUAGCCGCUAAAGAAAAUGAACUUCUGUUGAGGGAAUUGGUGCUUAUGUGGUCAAAUUACAAGUUAAUGGCCAGGUGGUUAUGUAGAUUCUUUGAGUAUCUGGACCGCUAUUAUAGCAGUUUUUGUUGUGGAGUUUCACUUGGUGAGACCUCAAUUGAUUGCUUCCGCAAUUUGGUCUUCAACGUGUUGCUUAGUAGAAUACAGGCAGCUGCAUUGUCUUUGAUUUGUGAAGAGCGUCAUGGGAAGCAGAUUGAUACAAAGAUGCUGCAAGAUGUCAUGAGUAUCUUUAUGGAAAUUGGCAAAAACAUAUCAACACCAUACUAUGAAAACUUUGUGCAGGCAAUGCUUGAUGAAAGUGCCGCUUUCUACUCCCAGUUAUCUUCUCAGUGGGUGGUGCAUGACUCAUUGACUGAUUAUAUUCAGAAGGUGAACUGGUGCAUGAUGCAGGAAAAAGAAAGAGCUGGCCACUAUCUAGAUCCGACAUCCGUGAUUAAAUUAAUACAGGUGUUGCGGUGCCAGUUGCUGGAUAUGAAAGCACUUAAAUUAGUUGAAAAGCUACAGUCUCAGAACUCCAGUCAACUGGAUUAUCAGGAGAUAUUGUCGAAAUGUGCCGGCUUAGAUCUUGGAGAGGAAAGCUCUACAUCAACUCUCGGGGAUCAUCUUUCUGCUUUAAUGGCAAAAUCAGCUCAUAUUCAUUGAGCCUGUUCAGAUUGACUAGAACACGGGUAGAACCGUAGAAGCACUGAUAUUACGAGGAGCGAGCAAAUGCCCCAUAUUCACUCGUCAGAUAAUGUAUAAUGGUUAUGAAACUCUUAAUCUUGGAAGAAGUAGAUGUAAUUGAAUGACAACAAUAACAGCGAGUGGGUUUUUAUACUGCUGGAGUGAACUUAUUUGCCCAACAAAUUUGAAUAAUCAAAAUCAAGUUC